AUGGCAGCCUCCUCGAGAGGCAUGAGCCUCUGCCUCCUCCUCGCCUCCCGACCCGGGCCCCUCUGCGCGACGACAACGGCAACGACACAACCCCUUCUCCCCCGCCGACUCUUCAGCUCCCUGAACCCCCUCCGAUACGCCGCAAAACCCUCGCGCACGACAACGAUCCCAAACAACCUCACCCGCAGCGCAGUCUCCAAACCUCAUCCUCCUUCGAAAUCCCCCCUCCCGUCAACAUCACCAAAGACGACAACGAACCCCGCGGCAGCACCCCAAGGCACCGGCGCCGGCGCCACCGCAGGCUCAGCCUACGCCCUCGCAACAACCCUCGCCCAGCGCCCCCAACCAACAGUCCUCUACGAAGCCGCCUCCCACCUCUGGAUGAAAGUCUCAGCCUGGUCCGCCGCCACAAUGUUCUACAGCUACGCCGGCGUAAACUACUACUUCACCCUCCUCGACCCCCCUCCCGACCUCGCCGCCUGGGUCCCGCACGCCUUCGCCCUCAUCUGCGUCGCCACCGCCGGCUUCGGCUCCUACUUCCUCUUCAACGCCCGCAACAUCGUCAAGAUCAUCCGCGCCGUGCCGACGGCUUCCCUCUUGAAGUCUGCGGGCGAAAAGUCCGCCGCCAGUGUGCUGCCCCUAGGCGUGAGCAGCGCAAAAGCAACACCCGUCGUUCUCGAAAUCACAUGCGAGCGCAUCCUGCCCGGAACCCCCAAAAAGUUCCUCCUCGCGCCGGACCAGGUCACCAUCCCGACCCGGAUCUACUCGCCUUUCCUAACGCCCACGCCCGCCAUGGAGAGGGCCGCCGCGCGGCAAAGGCAGGUGCAGGCGAGAGCCGACUGGGAGUACGACAAGGGACAUCUCAUGACGACGCCGUUCCGGCAUGCGAGUAAAGGAUUCAAGGCGGCGUGGUACGGCAUCCGGAGGGCCAUCACCAAGGAAGGGUUCCUGAGGAUGGAGGCGGGCGGGGAGAAGCUCAAGCUGGACGUCUCUACAGGCUGGGCGCUGGAUGAUGGACGGGCUAUUGAUCGUCUUGUCAAGAUUGGGGCAGACGUCUCCACGAACAAGAUAGCUGAGAGAAAACUAGAGAGAGCCGAUGUCUCAAACAUUCACAAGUCCCUUUCACCCACGACUCCAGAGCGAGACGAUCUACACACAACACAAACCUCACUGUGCCAUGCUCUGAGCGCAGACGCGAUGUACCACUCACCAAGACCUAGCGAGAACCGAAGAGGAGAACCAGCCUGCCCCGAGCCGGUAGACGUCGAGGCUGCCCGGUGCCAGUAUCCCCCUCCAAAGCCACUUCGCAACGUAAAUGUCACCAACCUCAAGUCCCAAAAUCUCUUCAAAUCACACGGAAAGCAAAGACGCGCUGUUGCCGCAUAUUGCUGGCGAACCCCGCCGAACGUACCCAUCCACAGCAUUCUCUUCGCGAUGCAGGAGUAA